AUGUUUCGCAAGCCUGGCGAUUCAUCGAGUUCAGAAACUUCCGAUGAAGAUACCGAUUAUGACGACCCAAGCGAUUUGCAUCAGGACAGCGUCCUGUCAAGGAUCAACACCCUGGAUUCUGCUGCGGCGGGGCAACCUCUUCAAAGACCUCCUCUAGAGCUGCGACAGAAUUCUGCGCAGAAUGUUCGAGACCUGCUAUUGCAUUCAUUGUUAGAGGAACGGACCAUUCGGGAAGUUGCGGAGCAGCUCGGGAAAGACCCAUCCGAUCCAGACGCUCAGCGCUUGGGCAGAGCAUCUUAUAAGGAGCUGGCGCGUCAGAUCUCCAAUAAUGUUGACGAUGCUUAUGCAAGCGACGAUAUGCAAGGCCACCGAUUGAGAGCGAAUGAAGGAAUCAACAAGCUCACGCGGAGCAACCUCAGCAAACUCGAGAUAAUUCCUGAAUCACAGGCUCUUGUCGCACGACCAGGAAACGGCGUACCACCGCUCCUGCCCCGACAGCCGGCUUUGACAUUUGACACCUUGUCUGGAAUACCAGCUCCUAUCGGAAUACAGCUGCGGGGCUAUCCUCAUCUACAAACAGAUCGAUAUAUCCGGGAGUAUACAGAGCUAGAGGUGGUAGGAAAGGGUGGCUAUGGGAAAGUCUUCAAAGCUAAACACAAACUUGACGGCUCAUUCUACGCCGUAAAAAGGAUCAUGGUAAGCCCUACCAAGAUCGCAAGGAUACAAGAGCAUGGGCCCGAAGAGCUGGAAAGCAUGCUCGAAGAGGUUCGUUCGCUCGCUAGGUUUGAUCAUAACAACAUCGUUCGAUAUCACAACGCCUGGCUGGAGUUUACCACGAUGCCUACAGACGCGGUAGCUGAACCAGAAGUACCACUGUUGCGAGAAGAUCGUUUGUUGGAAGACCGGGCUGCAUUUCCGUCCUCUUCGGCAAAUUUCGACAACGUAAUACACUCUGAGCUAGAUAGCCUGACCCUUGAUGAUCCAUUUGCGAGGAACGAUCACAGUAGCGACGCUGGAAUCGUUUUUGAGUUCAGCGAGCAUGGAGUGGAAGAGAACGAAACUCAUAGGGAGAGCGUGCAUUCAUCGACCAAAGGUACGCUGAAAUUGACCAAAAGCACCAAACGGCGGGACAGUCAAGCUAGUCAAACAACGAUCGCGACGAUCUCUUCGACGAAAUCCCGAAUGAGUGCUGUGGAGGACGUGGAAGAAGAUGAAGACGAAGAUAUUGAGAACAUACCUAGAUCACACAUGCUGUACUCUCAAGAACAUACGACUGAGAUAUCUGACAGCAUGAUGUCCAACAGUGACGCACCUCGCCAUUCGGUCCAAAAUCGGGGCCUUGGACCGGUACUAACGCUCAACGUAGCCAUGAGCCUCUGCGAGACGAACCUUGCCGCAUAUAUCUCAUCCGACCGAGCUGCAUCUGUCACAUCACCAACCGCCCAGCAUUGCUUCCAUCCGUGCGUAUCACUGGAGUUACUGAACAGUAUCGUCUCAGGGGUCCAGUAUUUACAUGCUCAAGGCGUUGUGCAUCGAGAUCUAAAACCAGCCAACGUGUUUUUAUCACUGUCAACAGCUCGCUAUCCGCCAUAUGGCUCAGUGGAUGUGUCGGGGUGUAAACCUUGUCCAAAGCGCGACUGCCUACAUAUGACACCACGCAUCGGCGACUUUGGGCUUGUAGCCGCACUCAGCGAUAACUGUACAGUACCCGACGCCUUUGCCAAACCAGUUGGGACAGAGUUUUAUCGACCGCAGACAAGCAGUGGUAUCAAUGAGAAGCUAGAUGUAUUUGCUUUAGGUGUUGUUGCAUUCGAGAUGCUGCAGAAAUUCGGCACGCGCAUGGAGCGCAUAGCAGCAUUGAACGAACUUCGACGGGGUAUCUUUCCGGAUGGCCUUGCGGAGAGUCUCGGGUACAUGGGCACAGAGGUGCAGCAGUUGAUCGGUGAUAUGGUGCAGGCAGAUGAGCAGAAGCGUCUGAGCUGUGACCAGGUCAAGAGUGAAGUCGGGAAGCUGGUGCAUUUGUUGAAGGAUUGAUGCUGCAUUCAAAGGCGUUUGAAGCAUACUAUACCCGCGUGAGAGGAGUAGUGAUUGCUAUGAGCCGUGCUCGGCGCAUACAUUGUAUCAGAUAAACGCUCAUCGACAGCUUUGUAUUGAAUAGGUAGACUUUAUACUUAUCGAUUACUUUUAUCCGCA